UGCAGACCCGCGGAUCCCGGGAGCCGGUGCGAGGCGGGCACCCGGUGCGUCCCCGGAGCGGGGAGGCCAGGGCCGGGCAGCCCUGGGGCCGGUCGGGGCGGCGUCACUGCACCCUCCGCCAGGCCCCGCGGGAUGCACCGUGGGGGCCGAGGGCGGAGGCGACACUCUCAGGUAAAUUGGCAGGAUGAGGAGCAGCAAAUCAAAAGAGGUGCCUUUACCAAAUCCAAGGAACUCUCAAAGCACGGAUACUGUUCAAGCAGAUAUAACCACACCAUGGGAUGCACUUUCUCAGACCAAGGCUGCUCUGAGACACAUUGAAAACAAAUUGGAAGUAGCCCCUACAAGUACAGCUGUGUUUGAUUCUGUCAUGGAUACCAAGAAAUCUUCUGCAAGUGCUACCAGAAAAAUAAGUAGAAAAGAUGGUAGAUACCUGGAUGAUUCUUGGGUUAAUGCUCCAACCUCCAAAUCUUCUAAAUCACGAAAAGAGAAAUCUCGUAGUCCUCUCAGAGCUACCACCCUGGAGAGUAACGUAAAGAAAAUUAAUCGUGUGGAAUUUCGUGAACCUUUAGUUUCUUACAGGGAAGUCCAUGGUACACCGUCCAACAUAAGUCCCAGCCAUUUAGAGUCAAAGCAUAUAUAUUGUGUGGAUGUUAAUGAAGAGAAGCCUGAGAGUGGGAACCGGAUGAUAUGCAGUCAGGAAGAUCGGAAUAUACAUUGCUGUGAUUUUGAGAGCUCCCAGUCAUCUGUCGUCAAUGAUACAGUUGUUAGAUUUUUAAAUGAUCGACCAACAAUUGAUGCAUUGCAAAAUUCUGAAUGUUUGAUUAAGAUGGCAGCUCCUAUGAGAAGUGAUGAAGAAAAGCCUAAUAGAGCAAAAGGAAAUGAGAACACUUUGAAGGCUUCUGUGUGUAACAUGGGCCGUGAUGUUGAUUCAAAAGUGUUACGGUUAACUGAUUCUUCUCCGUCUUCUACCAGUACCUGUAAUUCCCAAAGAUUAGAUAUCCUAAAGCGGCGACAACAUGAUGUUAAAUUGGAAAAACUCAAGGAGCGGAUUAGGAAACAGUGGGAACACUCAGAAGAAACAAAUGACCAGGGCCAGAAUCUGGGUCAUAUUGAGCAUCCAGUAAUGGUUGUUAAUGUUGAUAGCUCAGUGACAGCAAAGGUCAGGAAAGUGGCAACAGCACCACCUGCUCCAACAUAUAAAGGCUUCAAUCCUUCAGAGACCAAGAUUCGAACACCUGAUGGGAAAGUAUGGCAGGAGGCUGAGUUUCAAAACAUGAGUAGAGAACUGUAUCGUGACUUAGCACUUCACUUUGCAGGUGAUAGCUCUAUGAAAGAAAAACCUGCUGAGAAAAGUAAAGAGAAGAAAGUGGUCAAGCCAGUACGAAAAGUCCAAAAGGUAGCACAGUUAUCAAGUCCAGAAUGCAAAACAGGUAGCAGUCAUCUGAUAAGUACAUCUUCUUGGCGAGAUGGACAAAAAUUAGUAAAAAAAAUUCUGGGACCUGCACCUAGAAUAGAGCAAAAAGAGCGAAGAAUAGCAUCAAGUGACAGAAGUGGAAGAGAAAGAACUACUAAAUCUGGGGGUCAUAUUGGAAGAGCAGAAUCGGAUCCCAGAUUGGAUGUUUCACAUAGACAUCUUCCACGAAACUCAGAACGUUCAAGAAGUAGAGUUCGGUCAGAAAAUAAUGUAAAGAAAUUAGUUCCAUCUCUUCCAGAUAAUAAACAGGAGGAAAAUGCUGCCUUAAAUAAGGACUUUUUACCUGUUGAAAUUCGUGGAAUUCUUGAUGACCUACAGCUGGAUUCAGCAGCUCAGGCUGCAAGGCAAGAGACAGGAGAGUUACAGAAUCAGAAGCCAUCACCAUCAAUACAAGCUCCUAGGAGUCAUAGCCCAAUAAAAAGAAAACCUGACAAAAUAACAGCUAAUGAAGAUCCCCCUGUUAUUUCCAAAAAGCGUCACUAUGAUACGGAUGAGGUACGACAGUACAUUGUUAGACAGCAGGAGGAAAGGAAGAGGAAGCAAAAUGAGGAGAAGAAGGCUCAAAAGGAGGCCACGGAACAGAAGAACAAACGAUUACAGGAGCUCUACCGGAAACAAAAAGAAGCCUUUACUAAAGUGAAAAAUGUGCCUCCUUCUGAGCCAUCAGCAAAUAGGCGACUGCAGGAAACUUACUCCAAAUUGCUUCUAGAAAAGUCAUUGCUUGAAGAGCCAACUCAUCAACAUAUGCAGGAAACACAGACCAGACCAGGGUAUCAGCCAUCUGGAGAAUCUGACAAAGAGAACAAAGUGCAGGAACGUCCCCCAAGUGCAUCUUCCAGUAGCGACAUGUCUCUGUCAGAACCUCCACAGCCUCUUGCAAGAAGGGAUUUGAUGGAUCCUACAUGGAUGCAGCCUGACAGACUGAGUCCACGAGUCCACCAUUCUCAACCACAGCCUCUUGUUGGAACAGCUGGAAAUUUAUUUUCCCAUCUCUUGAGUCUAGAGCAUGUAGGAAUUUUGCAUAAGGAUUUUGAAUCCAUUUUACCAACUAGGAAGAAUCAUAAUAUGGCUUCAGGGCCAUUAUCUUUUACACCUCAACCAUAUCUGACCUCACCAGCUGCUCAUCCAGAUGCCUUGUUAAAACCUAGUGCUAGCCAAUAUAAGAGUAAACUGGAUCGUAUUGAAGCCUUGAAAGCAACAGCUGCUUCUUUGUCCAGCAGGAUUGAAAGUGAAGCUAAGAAAUUAGCUGGGGCUAACAUUAACUAUGGGUCAGUAUGGAACACUGAGUAUGAUGUGCAGCGAACACCCCAAGAAGAUGGACAUUGGACCAAGGCUAUAAGUCCACUUGUGAAAGAGGAUGCAGAAGAUGUUUUCUCUGCUCGAAUUCAAAAGAUGCUGGGAACCUGUGUGUCUCAUGCAACUUUUGAUGAUGAUCUUCCUGGUGUAGGCAACCUUAGUGAAUUUAAAAAGCUUCCUGAGAUGAUAAGACCUCAUAGUGCCGUAUCAAGCUUCAGAAUGAGAUCCCCUGGUCCCAAACCAGAAGGGCUGCUGGCACAGUUGUGUAAGAGGCAGACUGACUUUUCUAGCUCUGAUAUGCAAGCUUGUUCUCAAGACAAAGCCAAAAUGUCUCUUGGUUCCAGCACAGAUUCAGUGAGUGAAGGGCCUCUUCUUAGUGAGGGUAGUCUCUCUGAAGAAGAGGGAGGUCAAGAUGCACGGUCCCCUUUGAAGUUAGCAGAAAUCUUAAAAGAAAAGGAAUUUUGUGCUGGAGAAAGAAAUGCUUAUGAACCCAUCAAAGAGUUUCAGAAGGAAGCUGAAAAAUUUUUGCCACUCUUUGGGCCCAUAGGUGGUACACAAAGCAAAGGACCAUGGGAAGAAUUGGCGAAGGGAAGUCCACAUAGUGUCAUUAAUAUUUUUACAAAAUCAUAUAAAUUAUAUGGAAAAGGAUUUGAAGACAGGUUGGAAAGAGGAACAUCAGCAUCACGGUCUUUGAAUGCCAUCACAACCCCUCUAAGCAGCAUUUCAUAUGAAGAUGAUUUUGUCUCCUCUGCAGGGAGUGGGACUUUGACAGAAAAAAAGUCAGCUCUUGAACCCAAUAUUGGUAGUAACAGUUUAGGCGUUCAGGAGGAUCAUUCUAGCAGAAAGUCUGCCUAUGAUCUUUCCUCUGUGGAUGUUACCUCCCAGCACUCAUCAGGGGCCCAGUCUGCUGCGUCAUCUCGUUCAUCUUCUUCUUCUAAAGGAAAGAAAGGAAAAAAGGAAAAGAUAGAAUGGCUAGAUUCACUCACUGGAAAUAUUCAGAACUCACUUCUUGAUGAAGAAAAAGUACACUCUAGUUCAGAACGUGGCUCUCAUCAAGGAAAGAAAUCUGGGACCAGUAGCAAACUUUCUGUUAAAGAUUAUGAGCAGACUCUUGACACUGAUAGCACUUUGGAGGAUCUUUCUGGGCAUUCUUUGAGUGUCUCAUCAGACAAGGGAAGAUCACAGAAAACUCCAACUUCUCCCCUAUCUCCAAGUUCCCAGAAAUUGUUGCAGUUUGACCUUCCAGGAACUUCAUUAGAAAGAUCUAAAUCCUCAAUAGUAGUGACUCCAACUAUAACAGGAUUUAAGCCUAAUGCAACUUUUGCUGAUACGAACCUGGCUGCCAGCAGAACGACAGAGAUGGCUUCAACACCAGGUUCUAAGCGCUUUUCUCCUGCUGGCCUCCAGCAUCGUAUGGCAGCAGAACUCAGUUACUUGAGUGCCAUUGAGGAGUCAGUGCGCCAACUAUCAGAUGUAGAAAGAGUUAGAGGCAUUUCACUUGCUCAGCAGGAGAGUGUGUCUCUGGCUCAGAUCAUAAAGGCACAGCAGCAACGCCAUGAAAGAGACUUGGCCCUUUUGAAAUUGAAGGCUGAACAAGAGGCUCUGGAGUGUCAGAGGCAAUUAGAAGAAACCCGAAGCAAAGCAGCUCAGGUCCAUGCGGAAUCAUUGCAGCAGGUGGUUAAAUCACAACGGGAUGUAACUGAAGUCCUGCAGGAAGCAACUUGUAAAAUAGCUGCUCAGCAAACAGAGACUGCUCGCCUGACCACAGAUGCAGCACGCCAGAUCUGUGAGAUGGCAGAGUUGACUCGAACUCAUAUCUCAGAUGCCAUCACUGCUUCAGGAGCUCCCCUAGCAACGCUAUAUGACCACCAGCGGCAGUAUGCUCCAGACUUCGUGAAACAACUAAGGACAAGAGCUGAAACAGAUAGGAAAAGUCAAUCUGGUCCACUCUCUCAGAGUAAAGAAGGGACCCUUGACUCCAAGCAUCAGAAGUUUUCUCCUUCAUAUGAUAGUUAUUCUGAGUCUUCAAGACACAAGAAUCGCGAUAGAAGGAGUAGUAGUGGUAGCAGCCGUCAAGAAAGUCCUUCAGUUCCAUCUUGUAAGGAAAAUGAGAAGAAACUUCAUGGUGAAAAGAUGGAGAGUUCUAUUGAUGAACAGGUCCAGACUGCUGUGGAUGAUUCUCUACGAAGUGAUAGUGUACCAUCUCUUCCCGAUGAGAAAGAUUCAACCUCUGUUGCAACAGAAUAUUCCCUGAAAUUUGAUGAAUCCAUGACAGAAGAUGAAAUAGAAGAAAGAUCAUUUCGAUCUUUACUACCUUCUGAGAGUCAUCGCAGAUUUAACAUGGAAAAGAAAAGAGGCCAUCAUGAUGACUCUGAUGAAGAAACUUCCCCAGAAAAGACUACACUGUCCUCUGCCAAGGAGCUGAGCAUGCCAUUCUCAGGAGGACAAGACAGCUUUUCUAAAUUUACUAUGGAGAUGGUUAGACAGUAUAUGAAAGAAGAGGAAAUGAGAGCAGCUCACCAGUCUUCACUCCUGCGUCUCCGUGAAAAGGCCUUGAAGGAGAAAACUAAAGCUGAAUUAGCCUGGCUAGAGCAUCAGAAAAAACAUCUACGAGAUAAAGGAGAAGAUGAUAAAAUGCCCCCACUCCGAAAGAAACAACGUGGUUUGCUCUUAAGGUUGCAGCAAGAAAAGGCAGAAAUUAAACGUCUUCAGGAAGCCAAUAAGGCAGCUCGGAAGGAAAGACAGCUGAUUCUUAAACAGCAGGAGGAGAUAGAAAGGAUCCGACAGACCACCAUAAAACUUCAGGAGAAGUUGAAGUCUGCAGGGGAGAAUAAAUUGGACUCUCAUAGUGAUGAUGAUACAAAGGAUAAUAAGGCAACCAGUCCUGCUCCAACUGACUUGGAGACCCGCAGUCCUUCCCCCAUUUCAAUCUCCAGCAGUGAAACUAGCAGCAUUAUGCAGAAACUGAAGAAAAUGAGAAGCCGCAUGGAUGAAAAGUUUCUGACAAAGCGAGAGCAAAAACUAAUGCAAAGGCGCCAACAUGCGGAGGAGCUACUAGAGUGGAAGAGACGUUUAGAUGCAGAGGAAGCAGAAAUUCGUCAAAUGGAAAAACAAGCUUUGGCUGCCUGGGACAAAGAAUUGAUGAAACCUAAAACUCCUAAGAAAGAACUGGAGGACCAGAGAGCAGAACAGAAAGAAAUAGUGAGUGAAACAGAAUCUCCAAUACCUUCCUGCUCUCAUCUACACAGUGAAAGCUCUAUUCCAGAAGAAUUGGGCAGCCCUGCUGUUGAAUAUAUACCAUCUGAAUCUAUAGUUCAGGAGCAGCCUGGAAGUCCAGAUCACAGUAUACUUACUGAAGAAAUGGUUUUUUCACAAGAACUGGAAUCUUCUACCUCGCCUAGUAAACAUUCACCUCCUAAAAGCUGCACAUCUGUGUCAAAGCAGGAGUCUAGCAAAGGAAGUCAUAGAACUGGAGGACAAUGUCGUCUACCCGUCAAGUCCCAUCAACACUGUUAUAGUUGGUCAGAUGAGUCAUUAUCUAUGACACAGUCAGAAACUACAUCUGACCAGAGUGACAUUGAAGGUAGGAUCAGAGCCCUGAAGGAUGAGCUGCGGAAAAGAAAAUCAGUUGUGGACCAACUGAAGAAGGAACAGAAAAAAAGGCAAAAGGAAAGACUGAAAGCCCAAGAAGCCAGUCUAAUCAAACAAUUGGAGUCAUAUGAUGAAUUCAUUAAGAAAACUGAAGCCGAGCUUAGCCGAGAUUUGGAAACAUCACCAACAGCCAAGCCUCAGAUUAAAACGCUCUCCUCAGCUUCUGAAAAACCCAAGAUCAAGCCCCUUCCACUACACAGAUCUGAAACAGCAAAGAAUUGGAAAUCACUGACAGAGUCAGAACGUUCCAGAGGAUCCCUGGAGUCUAUUGCUGAACAUGUUGAUGCUGCAUUGGCAGGUUCUGAGAGAUCAGUGUCAGAAAGCUCUUUAUCUGCAUAUGCAAAGAGAAUGAUUGAAUUGGACAGUCGAACAGAAGAGCACUUUCAGACUUCUUCUCCAAUUCUCAGAUCAUCAAGGAGAACCAGAGCAGACUCUGGAGAUUCUCUAGAAAAUGUCCCUUCAUUACCUCUUCUCAAAGAAUUAACUGCCUCUAAUAGAAUUCUUGAUGUGUCAGAUGCCAAGGUUGAAAAAGAAUCUAGUCAAAAAUCAGAAAUACACGAAGUAGAAUAUGCAAAAUUGGAGGAGAGUGCAAUUGAAGAUGCCUAUUCUAAACAAUCUAGGAAGCCUGAUGUCUUCCUGACACUAGACCUGGAACAGGGAGAUUCAUCUGAAAUUCUUUCAAGGAAAGAUCUUUCUUUAGAUUCUAUAAGUGUUCAGAAAGACUUAGUUAGAUUAGCCAUUGAAAAUCUUCAUAAAAAAGAGUCAGAAGAGAGACAGUCAGAUCAAGAUAUGGGUCAUAGUGCAACCAUCCAAUCAGAAAAAGACACUCACGUACAAAAGAAUAUAAAGGGCAGAGACUCAUCUUGGUCAGAACAUCUUUUUGCAUGUAAAGAGAUAUCAUACUCUGAAGAUUUUGAAGUAUCUUCUUUCAAGAAAGACAUUUCAGCUGAAUUGUACAAAGAUGACUUUGAGGUGACAUCUUUGUUGUCACUCAGGAAAGACUCUCAGUCUUGCAGAGAGAAGUCACAGGCAACAAGGAUCUCUAGAAGUAGAGCCACUAGCUUUGGUAGUGAUGAUGAAAUCAGUGAGUGCCUCAGUGAGAAAAGCCUUUCUAUUCAUAGCAGUGUCCAUUCUGAAAGGCUAUUAGAACUCAAGUCCCCCACUGAGCUUAUGAAAAGUAAGGAGCGCAGUGAUGUAGAGCAUGAACAGAGACUUACUGAAUCCCCUUCCUUAGCUUCAGCUUCUCUUGCAGAUGAGUUACUUGAUUUCCACAUCGGUGAUAGGGUGUUGAUUGGCAAUGUUCAGCCAGGAACUCUUCGAUUCAAAGGUGUGACUAGUUUUGCUAAAGGAUUUUGGGCUGGAGUGGAGUUGGAUAAACCUGAAGGAAAUAACAGUGGAACAUAUGAUGGCAUUGUAUACUUUGUGUGCAAAGAGAAGCAUGGGAUUUUUGCUCCUCCUCAAAAAAUAUCUCACAUUUCAGAAAACUUUGAUGACUAUGUAGACAUAAAUGAAGAUGAAGACUCUUAUUCAGAUGAACAAUAUCAAUACUAUAAUCAAGAACAAAAAGAUACAGAGGGUCCCAAGUUUGACAGAGAAAAGGAUGCGAUUGAGUGUUUUUAUAAGGAAUCUCAACCUAGUAUGCAUGACACAGAAGCCUCAGUUGAUAGAAGCCUUAAAAUAGAAACAGACAAUAUACAGGACAUUUCUGGAGUACUUGAAACCCAUAUUCACCAGCAGAAUUCAGUGGAUUCACUGAUUUCUUCAAAGGAAAACAAAGACCUUGUUUCUGGUGCCACGGAAAAGGUUUCCACUGCUGUAGAAGACAAUGCUUUAGGUAAUACCUUUUCUGAAGAAUUAAGGAAGCAACAGCAGUUUACCGAAAAGGAAGAGAACCUAUAUCCAGAAGUUUCAGAAAAGCUUUCUACCCCACUUCUGGACCUUUUAGCAAGAGAAAAGAACCAAUUGGAAGCCCAACUGAGGUCACCACCAAGUGAGGAAAAAAAGUCAAAGGAACAACUAGAAACAGUCAGCUUACUGACAGAUAGUUUACUAAAAGUCUUUGUGAAGGACACAGUCAAUCAACUACAACAAAUCAAAAAAGCUAGGAAUGAGAAAAUCCAGCUUAGCAAUCAAGAGCUUCUUGUUGAUGAUCAAAAGAAAGUACCACCCCAAGGCCUAUCCCAGAAUCUUGAGGAACAGUCUCCAAGUGUUCCAGGUUGCUUCUUAAGGUCUGAAUUGGAAGAUGAGAAAGAAGAGAUUUCCUCACCAGAUAUGUGUCCUAGACCUGAGAGUCCAGUAUUCGGUGCCAGUGGGCAGGAAGAGCUUGCUAAGAGACUUGCUGAACUUGAGAUUAGCCGGGAGUUCCUGAGCGUGUUAGGAGAUGAUCAAGACUGGUUUGAUGAAGACUUUGGUUUGAGCUCUUCUCACAAGAUACAAAAGAAUAAGGCAGAAGAAACAAUUGUACCUCUAAUGGCAGAACCUAAGGGAGCUCUACAAAAGCCAUGUGAAACAUUAUUGGCAGUCCCACAUACUGCGGAGGAAGUAGAAAUUCUUGUACACAAUGCAGCAGAAGAACUUUGGAAUUGGAAAGAAUUAGGUCAUGAUCUUCACAGCAUCAGUAUUCCUACAAAACUGCUUGGCUGUGCCAGUAAGGGUCUAGAUAUAGAAAGCACUAGUAAAAGGGUGUACAAACAGGCGGUUUUUGAUUUAACAAAAGAGAUUUUUGAAGAAAUAUUUGCCGAGGAUCCCAACUUGAAUCAGCCUGUCUGGAUGAAGCCAUGUAGAAUCAACUCUAGUUAUUUCCGACGAGUGAAAAAUCCAAAUAACCUUGAUGAAAUCAAGAACUUCAUAGCAACCGAAGUACUCAAGCUGUUCAGUCUUAAAAAGGAGCCAAACCACAAAACAGAUUGGCAGAAAAUGAUGAAAUUUGGAAGAAAGAAAAGAGACCGAGUGGAUCAUAUCCUGGUACAGGAGCUCCACGAGGAGGAGGCACAGUGGGUGAACUAUGAUGAGGAUGAGUUAUGUGUGAAGAUGCAGCUAGCUGAUGGGAUCUUUGAGACCUUGAUCAGAGAUACUGUUGAUGUUCUGAAUCAGAUCAGUGAAAAACAGGGGAGAAUGCUACUUGUGUGACAUCUUGCAAAUAAAUCGAACACUGAGUGCUAAUAUGAGUCCUGGGCCUUUCUGCCUCCUGAUAUACACCCCAUCUCCAUCAUAGCAAGAGUGCUUCUGGACCUUGUACCUGUUCUUAAAGACUACUGGUUUGGAGUUCAUGGGACAGUGAGGUAUAUCUGGUAUUACAGCCUUAGCCUUUAGAGACUGUCCACUGGAAUAACUGGUUGUUUUCGGUGGGCAGGGUCUGAUGUUGACACACAGUGUAAUCCUACACCUCUUGUUAGCAUCCCUACUGGGUCUCAGAUGAGGGCUGAAAGCACCAGACUUACCUCUUAGCUUAGACUAGGGUAUCACUUCCUUGAGUCUGAAGUCAAGCAAGAGAGGUAUAUAGAUGUGCAUCAUACCAUUUUUGAAAUGGAAUCCUGGUUUAUACCAUGAAAGUCAUAAAUGGACAUUAUAGUCUCUAAACAGUAUUAAACCCUGAACUACUUUCAGAUAGGCAAGUUUAGUAAUGUGUGCCUAUUUCCCCUUGUGGAGUUCAUUUCAUUUUGUUUUGAAGACCAUUUUCUUCCAUUAUUGCAAUUGAGCAGCACCAAGUGGACUGUCAAGUUAACAGACAUCAGUGGUAGCCUUGCUUCCUGAGCACCAUCUAAAGAAUUUUAAACUUUUGCAUUAUUCUUAGUUUUUUCUCUGUGAGCAUGAAAACAAAGAAGUGCCCCCACUGAAGACUGGGCUCACAGGACUGGUGCAGGGCUGGUUCUUCCACCCCUUGUCUACCCCUGCACUUUUCUUACUUCUUCUGAACCUCUGCCAGCUGCUCCCAGAAUCACAGAUCCUCAGGACCAUCUCAGGCAUCGAGGCAUGGCAGAAGUGGAAAUAAUUCAUUUUGGCCUUCAAACUUUAAGCUCCCAUAUCUCCCCAAGAAGUCAGAGACGCUGUUACUUGAAUGAUUUAGGAAAUGAGUGUGUGCACCAAAGACAAAAAGAUAUUGUCUAUUGUUUGUGUGCUUGUUUUACGCUAUAGAACAUUUUUUUAAUUUAUUUUAAGAUAAAUUAUUAAGUUGAAAAUGUAUGUCCCUAUUCAGAAGUGAAAGAUUCUUCUUGUAAUAGUUAAACUUCUGUCUUGAAGCUUCUAUGGUUCGUAGUCUUUGCACAGGAAACUUAACGGUUUUAACAAACCCAUACACAUAUUGAAGAAGGCAGUUUAAUUCAGUAAAAAGAAGAUGAGCUCUUCUAAGAUCACCUGCAGUAGCAGGAAUGGGGUAAAAUGAUUUAAAGACACUGUAAAAUUCAGUUCUGCCUCUCUUGCAGCAUUGCUUCUCACAACUAUUACCUGUAUCUGAAAAAAAUAUAUAGACUCCAGCUGCUAUGUUAGAGCAUGUGUGAUGCUCUCCUGGGACCUCAGUACCCUGCCUUCUUGACUGGUUUCUCUGAAUCAGUCCUAUCCUUCAAGUAAUCUAGAAGAAUGUGGAUAAUCUUAGGCGUGAAUGUAAAUGCCUUAAUAUUGAAGGUCCUGAUUAGAAGCAUGAUAUAAGACAUCCACUGGAUUCAUACUUAGAAAUAUCCUGGAAUGUUAUAACUUCAAAAUAUGUUAGGAAAACCCCAAAGAUGGUAUAAUCUUUAAGUGUGCAUGUUCAUUCAUUUCUGCCUCUUUCCUCCCAACUUGCCUUUGCGUCUCCAAUGUUUUACUAUGCACACUUCCAUUCCUCUUCGGUUCCAUCUUGUCAUUAUGAGAAACUUAUUGAAAUAAUCAUUGGAAUACUUGCAUUUUGCACAAUGACUGGUAUGAUAGCUCUUGACAAAUAAGGAAAGCACUGAAAUGUUGUGACUGGGUCUCGGGAAAUGCUCAGAUUGAUGUUGCCAGCAUUGCUUCUAGGCUUUUGAUGUUGAGCUCUAGUCUUGUAGCCAUAAUGAGCAAAUUGACUAAGAGAACUAGGGUUUCUUGGGGUUAUUAACCAGUAGUGUGGAGAUAUUAUUUUCAUGUGGCCAAGGAAAAGCGAAGCCUUUUCUUUUCAGUUUGUGUUAUUUGGAAGACGGAAAAACAUCUUGUCUACAUCCUUUGGCUGUUUGUAGGAUUACAUAGUCCUUAUGAUACUGAAACUUUACAGCUGCUGUAAAUUUUUUAUAAAUGAAUAUGAAAAUAAUAUAAUAGGAAUAUAGGUUGUUUUUCUACAUACUCAUUAUUUGGACCUAAAUAAAUUUUUAAUAAUGUUUAUCUUUACUCUUUAUGACAUUGUGAUUCCAAAAAUGAAAAAAAUGAUAUAAGUCCACGGAAUCAGCAACCUGGACUUAAAGUUCCCUGGUAAGAAUGCUGCCAAGAAUGUGGCAGUAGCAGUCCUAACAUACUCCAGCUGUCUUUACUGUCUUGAGAAUCCUGGGUUCCAGAUAAAAGAGGCAGGAAUGGAUCAGUCUUACUCUUUGCUAGAAAUGAUUAUCCAUAGUUUGGUAGCAGAAAACAAAGGAAUCUAUAAUUAGCAGAUUUCUUAUUGCUUUAACUAUUUGGGUAUAAUUGAAAAUGGGUUAAUUGUUAGCAUUAGGAAUGAUAAACAUGGAUACCCAGCCACUCGUUCCAUAUUGGGAUCUUUUUAAUCAAGCUCUGCCUCUUAACCAAGAAUCUAAAUAUUCCCUCUUUGUAAUCUUUGUUCCUUCUCCCCACAUUCCCAUCCUCUUUCACUCUUUCUUCAUAAUUCCUCUAAGAAAAAGAUCUUUGCAUCAGCAGUAAUAUCUUUUAGAAUAAUAGCACUAUCAGAAUUUAGCAGUAAACCAACAUAUAGGCUUCAGAUUUAUUUCUGAGUCCAAAAUAAUUUGUGCUAUCCAGGGUACUUCACUCUGGGUUAAAUAAGUACAGGGUAUAGAUUCCCUCUUCAGGUCUAAACAGGAAUUUUUACUCUAGGGAAAAGUGGGAAGAGCUCAAAAGUAGUUAAUAAGGAAGGUAAUUUGUGUUUCUUUUAUGUAAAAGAAAGGAAAAUUCCUUCUGUGACUACAGGUCUCUGAGAAAUUACCUUUCAAAAGAGAUUUCAUCGCUCAUAAGAGUGUUGUGGCCUAUUGAUAGAAACAAUUUUGUUCACUUUCUUGUCUUGAAAAAAAAAGUGGCCUUAGCUUUUUGCAAUACUUGAAUAAAGUGUGUACUCGCACAGCGUUAGAGACUCAUAACUUUUCUGCAAGAAGUUCAAACUUACAUCUUCUUUUACUACCUUAAGAAUACUAGUGAAUAAAACAUUAAUUCAAAGAGCAAAUGAUAGAAACUACAAUGAUGUUUAAUGCAAAUUGUAGAAAUUUACAUGUUUACAAAUCAUCUUAAACUGGUUGUGCAGCAAUUCAAUAAACUGUAUUAUAAAAAUGUGAAGAAAAAAUGUAAACUGAUGUAAAGGAGGUACUGUCAUUUUAAUUAAUCUAUAUUUAAUAGCUUUUCCUUCUGAACUUUGCAAAGCCUUCUCGGUAAACACAUUGCAAAGCAUUCCCUGGGAGGCCCCGCCUCCCUGUGUGUACUGUAUUGUGCAGACAUGAAAAACAAACCCGUUUACUGUGUAUGUGUAAAUAGCCUGGUCAUCAGGCCUUUUUCAGUCAAUAGUCACAUCCAGUGCAACUUUGCACAGAAGACUUAGGGUGUGGUUUGUAAGUAUGAUCUGUAAAAUAACUGGGAUGAGUUCCCAUGUACACCUGUGUAAAUAGAUUUGUUAACUGAAAUGUACUUUAAGAAAAGAUGAAAUGUGUAAAUAAACUGAUUUGUAAAUUAA